AUGAUCCCUGGUCACCCUAUUUUAUUCGCCCUCCGAUCUGCGCCUUACGCCUCCAGAUUCCCCGCGUCCCUUUCCUCGGCCUUACCCCGCCUUACUGGCUACGGCGCAAGAGCAAUGUCGGCAACAGCUGCGCGGCCUGAUCCGUUCCGGCCAGCAAAGAGAGUCGCUGGUCAGCGACAGGAUGUUUGGUCCAUUGUCAAUGAAGCGGCCGCUGCGUCGCCUGUCCAGCCGAUUGUGAACAUGGGCCAAGGAUUCUUUGGCUACAACCCUCCCAAGUUCGCUAUUGACGCUGCAAAGGAUGCGCUGGACCGGGUGGAGUGCAACCAGUACUCCCCAACAAAGGGUCGUCCUCGCCUCAAGAAGGCCAUUGCUGACGCAUACUCGCCUUUCUUUGGGCGGACCUUGAACCCCGAGACCGAAGUUUCCAUUACCACCGGAGCGAACGAGGGCAUGCUGAGUGCUUUUAUGGGGUUCAUUGAGCCCGGCGAUGAGGUCAUUAUCUUCGAGCCUUUCUUCGACCAGUAUAUCAGCAAUAUCGAGAUGCCCGGAGGUACCAUCCGAUAUGUGCCUCUCCACCCGCCCAAGGACGGUGCUACACGCACCUCUCCUGCUUCCGAAUGGUCCAUUGAUUUCCAGGAGCUGGAGAACACCAUCAACUCCAAGACUAAGAUGAUUGUUCUGAACUCUCCUCAUAACCCCGUUGGCAAGGUCUUCUCGCGCGAGGAGCUCCAGCGAAUUGGCGACCUUUGCAUCAAGCACAAUCUUAUUAUCCUGUCUGAUGAAGUCUAUGACCGUUUGUUCUAUGUUCCUUACACCAGAAUCGCCACUUUGUCUCCCGAGCUGUACGAGCGCACCCUCACUGUUGGCUCCGCCGGAAAAGCCUUCUAUGCCACCGGCUGGCGUGUCGGAUACCUCAUUGGCCCCGAACACUUGAUCAAGUACGUGGCAGGUGCGCACACCCGUAUCUGCUACAGCACUGUGUCGCCUCUCCAGGAGGCUGCUGCCGUUGCUUUUGAACAAGCCGACAAGGUUGGAUUCUGGGACGAGAGCCGCAACGAGAUGAAGCAGAAGAUGGAACGAUUCUGUGAGGUGUUUGAUGAACUCGGCAUUCCCUACUCCGAUCCCGAGGGUGGAUACUUCGUGCUGGCCAACAUGGCAUCCGUGAAGCUCCCAGAGGAUUACCCCUUCCCAGCGCACGUGGCCAGCCGCCCUCGCGACUUCAAGCUCUGCUGGUUCCUCAUCCAUGAGGUGGGCGUGGCGGCCAUUCCGCCUACCGAGUUCUAUACGGACGCCAAUGCUCACAUCGCCGAGGCUUAUCUCCGCUUCGCCGUGUGCAAGAACGAUGAUGUUCUCGAUACCGCCAAGGAGCGACUGCGGGGCCUAAAGCAGUAUAUCUCCCAGUGA